UAUUUAACGCAGCAGGUUUCCCGUGACUCCGCCCACUAAUGUUACGUCACUUCGUAAACAAACCAGUCACCGGAAGUGGAGGUCUCAUCGUUCUCUAAUCAAAACAAAAACAUCUCUGCCAGCUUAUUUUUCAGCUCCUCUAAAGGUUUUAUAAAUAUGACAGUGAUACCACGGAUAAUAUAACAGUCACACGUUAUCAACAUGGAGGGGUAGAAAAACGCUAAGUCACGCUGACUAGUUUUAAAUCUAGCUUUUAAUAGGUUAGUGUUAGCUUAGCAUUAGCUUAGCAGUUAGCGCCUCUCCAUGGCGUCCUCCUCUUCCUCCGCGGGGCUCCCUCCUCUCCGACCCGACAGAUCUGCCUCCUCCUCCGGCUCUCACUCCGCUGGCAGACCGCCUCUCCGUCCCCUCCAUCACCCCCUACACCCGGCCCACUCCUCCCCGGGAUGUGUGCUUAUGGUGGAGUCAGUAGACGAUGCGGAGGGUCUGUAUGUUGCUGUGGAGCGAUGCCCGCUCUGCAGCACCUCGCGCCGCAGGCUGACCUGCGCGCGCUGCGUCCAGGCCGGAGACUUCGUGUACUUCGAUGCGAGGAACACUGAGAGAUACAUUGAAAAGUUGGAGCGACUGAAGAAGCUGAAGGAAGAAAAGGAACGGCUUCAACAGAGUGCCAUCCAGAACAUGGACAAGAAGCUGCAGGCGGAUGAGAUGCAAUGGAAGAUCAUGUCGUGUAAAAUGAAGAUCGAGCAGCUGAAGGAGGCGGUCGCCGUGGGGAACGAGGAGACGAAGAGCGAUAAGGAGCUACUGCUUCGCUCUCAGGAGGAGAAACAGCGUCUGCAGCGCCGGGCCGGACGUCACCAGGAGAAACGAGAUAAGAUCGAGCGACACAACCGGCGUCUGGGGGAUCUUCUGGAGAAAAGAAGCCGCGAGCUGCAGAGCCGCCUGGGGCAGCUGGCUACUCUGAGGAGGGACCACAUCCUGGAGCUCAACACACACAUCUUCCCCACGCAGGAGGAUAAGCAGGGCAGCAGAGACCCCGCGGACGUGGUGGCAGAGUGCGACCUUGCGCUGACCUCCAGCACGGUGAGCGAGCUGGCGGAGGCUCGCCGGACCACCUACCUGUCGGGGCGCUGGAUCUGGGACGACCAGAACGGAGAGACCAGCAUCAGCAUCACCGGACCCCCUGUUAUUCUGCCUAGCAACGGGGACUGCUCCGCCUACUACAGCUGGGUGGAGGAGAAGAGCACCAAUGAGGGCCCAGAGUUGGACCACAUCAACCCGGCUCACACCAUCAGCGCCGCUCUCUGCUACGCCACGCAGCUCGUCUCCAUCCUGUCUCACAUCCUGGACGUCAACCUACCUAGGAAGCUCUGCAACAGCGAAUUCUGUGGAGAGAAUCUGAGCAGAUAUCGCUUUACCAGAGCUCUGAGCAAACUGAACACCAACAUCCUCCACCUCUGCUUCUCUCAGCAUGUCGACAGUGACAAGCUGCACCCCCAUCACACUCUGAGGAACAUCAUGUUUCUGGUUUCCCCCGAAAACGACAGCCUGGGCCGGACGGGCCCCUUCGAGGUGAGCGCGGACCUGGAGGAGUCGAUGGAGUUCGUGGAGCCGGAGGCAGCCGGGCCGGCGGAGGAGAGUGGAGACGAGGCGGUGACGGACGAGGAGACGGACCUCGGGACCGACUGGGAGACGGUGCCCAGCCCUCGAUUCUGUGACAUCCCAUCACAGUCCAUGGAUCUUUCCCAGAGUGCACUGCAAGUGUCUCAGCCCUCUGCUAACGCUGGAGGGAUGAUCUCCUCCGCCGCCGCCUCCGUCUCCUCCUGGUUCAGAGCGUACACCGGACAGCGCUGACACAACACGACCAGAACCUGGGCUCUGCUUCAGAUCUGGACUCAAACUCUGGAUCAGGGCUCAGAGGUCAGAGGUCAGCAGGUCGAUGAGAGUUCAAACUAUACUCAGAGACAAUAAUGAGACUAUGAAUUUUAAUGAGAAGGAUCAGAGGGUAACAUGUUCUCUAUUUAAUUCUGCACACCAGCAACUUAUAAUUUAUAACUAAUAAAAUAAUCAAAAACAACAGAUGAUAAAAAUGUUAAAAGUCCAAACACCUGAUCAUCAAGUCCUCUUAAGAUCAUUGAUUUACUGAUUACAUUUUUGUAAUUUUGUGUAUUUUACGAGCUGCAAAAUACACACACAGUAAAAUGUAAAACGUACUGCUUCACUAUUCUUUAAUUCUCUUUUAUAAUGUGUAUAAAAACAUGUAAUGAAUGGGUUAAAAACACACUUGUAUGCAGUCUCAAGCAGAUUGACGUCUGCAUUAUGCAUUUGUUAUGAACUACGUGAAGCUAAGCAGACACUUGUAUCCAAAGGGACUCACAAUAAGUGCAAUAGAUUUAAACUCAGAACAGCAAGAAAAGUGGUUCAAAUGAGCCGAACCAUUGACCGACUAUAACUAGAUCUCUACGGCCGAAAUAUAUUUGAUCAACAUUGAUGUAAAUACUACAAUCAAGUGAGAAUGUAGCGGCAGAUAAUCAAUAUAAGAGGUAGGGCUGCAACUCACAUAGUAUUACUCUUUAAAUGUCAGAAAAAAGUACAACAUGUCCAUCCCUCAAAGUUCAAGGUGGUGUCUCUAAAUGUCUUUUGUCCAAAGGUAUUCAAUUGGAUAUGAUAUAAAACGGAGAAAAGCAGAAAAACUACAUUUGAGAGGCUGAAAAACUGUGUGUUAUUAACCAUUUAUUACACAUUUGUUUACUGAUUAUACAUUUAAACUUUAACAGUGAUUUACUUUUCUCUCGUCGGCCUGCAGCCUCGCUGUCCGUCGCCACAAAGGGACUCUUUCUGCUUUUAUUUUGGCAUUUUAAAAAAAAAAUGUCUUUGGUUUUAUUUGUCUGCGUGAUGACGGGAGCUGACCAACUGAACUCCUAAAAAACAAUUUGUGUUUACUCUCAUGGACGCCGUUCACACUGGACAGCGAAUCAGAAACCGGAGUGACUCUGGUUUCAAACUGUUUUAAAGAAACUGACUUUUCUUGAUUUUUUUUUUGAGCAUCAUGAGGAUCUCAAACUGACGCCGAGAGGAGGAAACGAUGAAUGAAUGUAAACGUCAGACUAUGGGAUGUAUUCUGUGCGACUAAAGAAGAUGGAAACACGUCGGGGGAGUUUCGAUGUUUCUUUGAAGCAGCGUCAGAAGAAGAACUUUAUUGUUCCUGCUGAAGGAACAAAAGUGUGAUUAAAGUUUCUCUGUGUGAAAAGUUUUUAAAUAAAAUCCUGUUUUCUGGAGAAAAAAAA